UUCUCUCUAUCUCUCCAGUCUCCCACCUCAAAAAUCUCCAAUCCCCAAUUCCAUAAUCAGUUUCCUUCUUUCACUUUCCCAAUCUCAAUUUGAAAUGGUGUUUGUGAUCUGAUUGAAAUUCAAGUGAUAGAGGCGGAUUGCAGCUUGCGGAGGCUGCAUUUAGGAAUGUUGUUAGUUUUGUGGCUGGUGUUUGAUGUGAAAUGGGUGAAUUUCAUGGCGGUGAAGAGUGUAGAAACCUCUCUCUGGAGGUUGCUAAGAGUACUUUGACAACCUGUGGUUGAUCACUUGAUUCAACUCUAAUUAUGGAAAGGUAUAGGAUUUUGAAGGAGGUUGGAGAUGGAACUUGUGGUACUGUAUAUAAGGCCCUUAAUAUGGAAACUUAUGAAAUUGUUGCAGUCAAGAAAAUGAAGAGAAAGUUUUUUUUCUGGGAGGAAUGCAUGAACCUACGAGAAGUCAAGUCCCUCCGGAAAUUGAAUCAUCCCAAUAUCAUAAAGUUGAAGGAGAUUGUCAGGGAAAACAAUGAGCUGUUUUUCAUAUUUGAACACAUGGAAUAUAAUCUGUACCAAAUAAUGGGAGAACAGAAAAGACCCCUUUCAGAGGAAGAGAUACGGAGCUUUAUGUCUCAAGUGCUGCAAGGACUUGCACACAUGCAUAAAAAUGGAUAUUUUCAUCGGGACUUAAAACCUGAGAAUUUGCUGGUGACAAACAAUGUGAUUAAAAUUGCUGACUUCGGACUGGCUAGAGAAGUAUCAUCUAUGCCUCCUUAUACUGACUAUGUGUCCACACGGUGGUACCGAGCACCAGAAGUCCUGUUCCAGUCUUCAUCAUACACCCCUGCAAUUGACAUGUGGGCAGUUGGUGCAAUACUAGCUGAGCUUUUCACUUUGUGCCCAAUUUUCCCUGGUGAAAGUGAAAUAGAUCAACUAUACAAGAUAUGCUGUGUCCUCGGCACUCCAGAUUGGACUAUUUUCCCUGAAGCUACAAAUAUUUCACGAUUAUUAAGUGUUAGUUAUUCAGAGAUUUUACCUGCCAAUCUUUCUGACAUUAUUCCCAAUGCUAGCUUGGAAGCAACUGAUUUAAUCAUGCAACUUUGUUCAUGGGACCCACUAGGGAGGCCAACUGCAGAGCAAGCACUCAAACAUCCAUUUUUCCAUGUGGGCAAGUGGGUUCCUCAUCCACUCCCAGAUCCAUUUCAGAUGAAGCAAAAUGACACAGUUUCCACUGCAGCAAAGCCUAACCUUGAGUUGAACCUAUGGGACUUUGGCCGUGAACCAGAUGACUGUUUUCUUGGCUUGACACUGGCAGUGAAGCCCAGUGUGUCCAACUUGGAGAUGGUCCACAAGGUAUCUCAAGGUACAGGAGAGGAUAUAUUGUUUUGCUCUGGUUUUCAGGACAGUUCGGGAAAGUCAGUUUUUUGGUCAGUACUUUCCCCUGAUCGGAAUGGAAUUGACACAUCGGUUGAUGCUUCGCUGUCAUUAUCAUUUAGUUCAAUUCCACAUCCCUCAGUUGGAGUUAGAGAGUCAACAGCUGGAUUCUCCAUCUUCGGCUGUCCAUUGUUGGCCAGGCCCUCACAGUUUCAACAGGGUUGAGUAUUUCUGCUAACUUAACUGCUGCAUAUUUCUAAUAAAGAAGCUGGGCUUGUAGAAAUAUGAUCUCUAAUUUAUUUCAUUCGUUUACGAGAAUUUAUUUUUAUUUUUACUUUCUUACAUUGUAAUUAUGGGUAUAGUACUCUGUGCAUUAUGAAAAUAUUUUUAACUUUAUAUUGACCAAAAUUCCCUGUAA